CCCACUCUUCCUUUCUCCGCGUCUUUACGUGUCCGCCGGACACACGACUCUCCCCCGAGCAGACACUGCAGGGGAAGAAACGGACGAACCCACCAUGGAAUAGGAAUACUACUUGGGGGAAAAAAACAAAAAAAAACGGGGAACAAACCUAUCUCAUCUUCUUUAUUUAACCUAUACCGACGCAUUUUUUUUCUCUUUCGCAUCCCCCUUCUUUCUCGAUGUCUCUCAACAGUUUCUAAAGGGAUUGAAGGAGAGGGGAAAAAUGAGGAUUAUUGUUUUUUCUUGGCACUUUCUUGGGGUGUAUUCCGCCCUUUGGGGGCUGGUGACAGGGGCUUUUCCCAGCUCAGUGCAGAUAGGUGGACUCUUCAUUAGGAAUACAGAUCAGGAGUACACUGCAUUCCGACUAGCCAUCUUCCUCCACAACACCAGCCCUAACGCUACGGAAGCACCCUUUAACCUGGUUCCACAUGUCGACAACAUAGAGACCGCCAACAGCUUUGCAGUCACCAAUGCAUUCUGUUCUCAGUACUCAAGGGGGGUCUUCGCCAUCUUCGGCCUUUACGACAAGCGCUCGGUGAACACGCUGACAUCGUUUUGUGGGGCCCUGCACAUCAGCUUGGUGACACCCAGCUUCCCCACUGAGGGGGAGGGCCAGUUCACACUGCAGCUGCGGCCGUCCAUCAGAGGAGCUUUACUGUCGCUGCUGGACCACUACGACUGGAACCGAUUUGUCUUCCUCUAUGACACAGACAGAGGCUAUGCAAUUCUGCAGGCAAUUAUGGAGAGAGCGGGACAGAAUGCCUGGCAGGUGAGUGCCAUCUGCGUGGAGAGUUUCAAUGAUGCAGCGUAUCGCAGACUCUUAGAAGACCUUGAUCGACGGCAGGAGAGAAAGUAUGUCAUUGACCUGGAGCCUGAGAGACUCCAGAGCAUCUUGGAACAGGCAGUCAGUGUGGGGAAACAUGUGAAGGGUUACCAUUACAUCAUGGCAAACCUGGGGUUUAAAGAUAUAUCUUUGGAGAGGUUCAUGCAUGGUGGGGCUAAUGUGACCGGCUUCCAGCUUGUGGACUUCAGCAAACCUAUUGUGAUAAAGCUGAUGCAGCGCUGGAACAAACUGGACCAACGAGAAUAUCCUGGAUCUGAAAGUCCACCAAAGUACACCUCAUCCCUCACUUAUGAUGGUGUCCUUGUUAUGGCCGAGGCUUUCCGCACGCUUCGACGUCAGAAAAUUGACAUCAGUCGCCGCGGUAAUGCUGGUGACUGCCUGGCUAAUCCAGCUGCUCCCUGGAACCAAGGAAUAGAUAUGGAGCGCGCACUUAAACAGGUGCGCAUUCAGGGACUGACUGGAAACAUACAGUUUGAUCACUAUGGUCGGAGGGUCAAUUAUACUAUGGAUGUGUUUGAACUGAAGAGCAACGGACCACGGAAGAUUGGCUACUGGAAUGACAUUGACAAGCUUGUGUUGGUUCAGAACGAAAACGCUCUGUCCAACGACAGCUCAGCCAUGGAGAACCGGACAGUUGUCGUGACAACCAUCAUGGAGGGUCCGUAUGUGAUGCUGAAGAAGAACUGGGAGCUUUAUGAGGGCAACGACCAGUAUGAGGGAUACUGUGUAGAUUUGGCUUCAGAAAUUGCCAAACACAUUGGAAUCAAGUACAAGAUCUCCAUUGUACCAGAUGGGAAAUAUGGAGCCAGAGACCCCGAGACAAAGAUAUGGAACGGCAUGGUCGGCGAGCUUGUGUACGGGAAAGCAGAAAUUGCUGUGGCUCCUCUGACCAUUACUCUGGUGAGAGAGGAGGUGAUUGACUUUUCUAAGCCCUUCAUGUCUCUGGGAAUCUCCAUCAUGAUCAAGAAGCCUCAAAAGUCCAAACCAGGUGUCUUCUCCUUCCUGGAUCCACUUGCCUACGAGAUUUGGAUGUGCAUUGUGUUUGCCUACAUUGGAGUCAGUGUUGUCUUGUUUUUGGUGAGUCGCUUCAGUCCAUAUGAGUGGCAUGCAGAGGAACCAGAGGAGGGUGCCGUGGAGCAGGGGCCCACUGACCAGCCUCCCAACGAGUUUGGCAUCUUCAACUCCCUGUGGUUCUCUUUGGGAGCCUUCAUGCAACAGGGCUGUGACAUCUCCCCACGGUCCCUGUCUGGACGUAUCGUUGGAGGUGUGUGGUGGUUCUUCACUCUUAUCAUCAUCUCCUCUUACACAGCCAACCUGGCUGCGUUCCUCACUGUGGAGAGGAUGGUCUCACCUAUAGAGAGUGCAGAAGACUUGGCCAAACAGACAGAGAUCGCCUAUGGGACGUUGGACUCAGGCUCUACAAAGGAAUUCUUCAGGAGGUCCAAGAUAGCUGUGUACGAGAAGAUGUGGUCUUAUAUGAAGUCUGCUGAGCCAACUGUCUUCACCAAAACAACGGCGGAAGGUGUGGCAAGAGUCCGCAAGUCCAAGGGGAAGUACGCCUUCCUCUUGGAGUCUACUAUGAACGAAUACACGGAGCAGCGCAAGCCCUGCGAUACAAUGAAAGUCGGAGGGAACCUGGACUCCAAAGGAUAUGGCAUUGCCACACCGAAAGGCUCACAGUUAAGAAAUGCGGUCAACCUGGCCGUGCUAAAACUCAACGAGCAGGGCCUGUUGGACAAAUUGAAAAACAAGUGGUGGUAUGACAAAGGAGAAUGUGGCAGCGGGGGAGGGGAUUCCAAGGACAAGUCUUCCCAGGCUUUAAGUCUGUCCAAUGUGGCUGGGGUCUUCUACAUCCUUGUGGGUGGCCUGGGCCUGGCCAUGCUGGUGGCCCUGGUUGAGUUCUGCUACAAGUCACGGGCCGAAGCCAAGCGCAUGAAGCUGUCUUUUUCUGAAGCCAUGCGGAACAAGGCCCGUCUGUCCAUCACAGGAAGUGUGGGGGAGAAUGGCCGCGUCUUAACGCCAGACUGCCCCAAAGCCGUGCAUGCUGGCCACGCCUCCUUCCGACACUCCGGCCUUGCAGUGGUCUCUUCUGGACUGCCCUGAAAAACCAAAAACGCCUGCCGUGCCUUAAUGACACACAAAUGCAGACUUUGACAAAGAAACACACACUAACAUGCAACAAUACCAUCACACAAUGACAGAAACUCCUAACUAGAAUUCAGACGCAAACAUUUUUACACAUUUGAAUACGCAACAUUUCACCUUCCUACAGCCACUGACUCGUUUUACAAGAGACAAAUGAAAUGCAGCUGUGGAGUGAACGGUGAAGAAAACUAUAAUGGAUAAAGGACAAAACAAUAAAGGACGUCACGCUUGCCUGCCCACAUGAAAGCCAGCACAGAUUUACAUAAACUGGACUUUGAUCUCCGUGUGAUGGACUGGUGACCUCUCCAAGAUGUACUCCACAUCUCACCCGGUGACAGCUGAUAUGGGUUUCAACUACCCCACAGCCCUGACAGGCUGAUUUCAGUGUAGAAGAUGGGUGGAUGGAACUGUGAACUGUAAACACAACCGCAGAAGUGAUCAUGAUGAUGAUAGGCACAACAAUGAAGACCACAGAUGAUGAAAAAAAAAAGGAAAAAAGACAACACUACCAACGACUGUACUCCUGCUCUGUCUUUAUUCGACAAUUAUGGCCAAUAUUCCACACACACCCUGAGAACGCCUUACUAAGACUACAAAUAUUGUUUUCGUCAUCAUCAUCAUCAACAUCAACAUCAACAUCAUCAUCAUCAUCAUCAUCAUAAUGUUCAUUAUCACCUCAACCAGCCUGCAAAGACUGAGUGCCAGGUAUUAAAAACCCUUAGAAGACCAGAAAACUGUAAGCUUGAACGUUCAGAGUGUGCAAACCUGCUACUUUUGUCAUGGACUUUUCAAACUGAAUGAAAAUGCUUUCUUAUCACACAUACAAUGACUUCUUGCUCCAAUUUAGCAAGCUUACCACCCAGUACAGGACAGAAAUAACUCGGAAACCUGUGCCGCUGAUUUUGGCCACAGAACAGAAAGUGGUUUGAAAUAGAAAAUGUAGUUAAUAAUGAAGUACUUCAUCAGAUAUAUUCUCAUGGCAGUAGAAAUGCUAGUUAAAAAGUGAUCUUCAGUUUUUGUCAUUCAGGCAAGGUUUAUACUGUAUAGUGAGAAAUGAAAAGCAGAAAAAAAAGAAAAGAAAAACUACGGUUGGAUCUUAAAUUGUUCAAAGUGCUUCUCAACCUCACCACUGGGACCUCCCAGAGUGAUGAAAAUCAAGAAUAAUAACUCUGUAUAACCCAACAACCCAAAAGGCAAAUCAAAGUUCAUCUUUCAUUGCAGGCUUGCCUGCAGAGACUGUUUUGUCAGUGGCUGUGGCAAGGUUCAGAGGUACUGCUCUGUGCUGUGUGCACUUCAUUUACCGUAACUAUAAAGACCUGCAGGUAAAUUUCCCAAUUCUCCCAAAACUGUAAUGAGCUGUUAGGUUUUCAUUUGAGGUCCUCAGACUUUUCCAGUGGCUGGGGAGUGAUACCAUAUCAAAAAGCUUGCUUUUUAGAACUGAUGUAAAUAUAACUGCGUAGCAUAACAAAGCUCACCUGUCUUUUUUUAAUCAUCUUAGAUAACAAUUCAUUGCAAUAAUGAAUAUAUAAGAAAAUGCCACUACUUGUAAUUAAGUAAAAAUCUUUUUUUAAUAAAUCUACAUAUUAUAUAUAAUGCAAAUAAAUAUAAAUAAAUAUAUAUAUACAUAUAUAUAUAUAAAUCUAUAGAGAGCUAUAGAAAACAUUGAUCACUGAUUGUCAGAGGCCAUGGCAUACAUUCUGUUAAAUGGCUGUUUUUUUGAUAACUUGAGAAUAUUAACACGCCAUAGUCUUUGUGUGACCUGCUCUACACUGAAUGUCCAUCUGACACUCACACGGACACGCAGAGGAAAUGCACACAAACAUUGUUGCAUACACAGGGUCAGCUUCGAGUGAUCACUCAAGCACCGUUACUAACUCACUGGUUUCCAUUGUCUGAUAAUGUUUUUAUCCCCAGAAUCUUUUUUUUUGUAAGUGUGUGUGUGUGUGUGUGUACGUGCGUGCGUGCGUGCGUGCGUGCGUGCGUGCGUGCGUGCGUGCGUGCGUGCGUGUGUUUGUGUGCACAUGUGUGGAUUAUAGCAGCCUCUGACUCAACAUGUUGAUGCCAGUAAAUUAUGAGUGCAGCUCACACAGUGACAAAACUAAGUAGUCCUCCGGAGAGGACGGCGCUGAGGUGAUUGUUCUACUGAUGGGAACCAAUGUGGGGUGACAUUUUCUAGAGUGUAACAUUUGUAUUGCUUUUCACAACACUUCAGUUCAUUUUGUUGUCUUCUCACCAGAUGUGAUUCAGCAGCAGACUGAAACCUAACACAGAUUCAAGUUCAGUAACCUCUUGCUGAUGUGGCUCAUAACUGCCAGCCCUGGGGAGAGGAAAAUUCAUGUCACAUUGAUAAUCAUGGAAAGUUAAGGACAAAAUGUAUACUUUAAUAGAUUCACAUUGUUGCCAUAGUGCAUAGUGCACAAUGGUGAUAUUUGAAUAGAUAAGAAUACAUCAUAAUACAGACACUGUGAGAAUGACAAAAUGUGUUUUUGGCCCUUCCCGCAUCACCUUCCCAGCCCUCACCAUUCCCCUUUUAUUAAAGGUAGGGUAAGCAAUUCUUUUUGACUUCUAACUCAGAACACGUUUUGUCACAUUCAGUAAAUACCUCAUCAACUUUGACUAGCUGCCCAUCUUUUGAAUCCACUGUUUGAAAAAAAAAAAAGCCUCUUAAACCAUGAAAAACUACAACCAAUCAGAGACAGGGGGAAGGUCUAUCUUCAUGCAGCUGGUUUUGCUUCAGAAAUGUUCAUGAUGGGUCAUGUUUUCUGGGGAAGUACUGGCGGGAUCGUAUGUCGUUGAUGUUUUGCUCAAAUAGCAACGGACAUGAUGUUAUCCAGAAAUCACUUACCUUACCUUUAACUCAACUCUUCUCUUGUUUUGUCACCUCGACCCUCAGCUCUCAUUUUCCCUCCAAAUGUGAAGCAGAAAGCUCUGUACAUAACACAUCGGCAAAUGACAGCUUGUUUUAUUUUCUGCCUAGAUUCACUGUAAGAUAAAGAGAUAAAACAUGAAUCAACAGCUGGAGACACGCGUGACAAUCUGAAGUUCUUGUAGCUGUUUUUUUCAUAACUUUUCAUAUUGGAUGCACUGCACUGAACCACCUAUUAUUGUGCAGGGAUUUUGGGGAAUGCUAAUGCUAUAGGAAGGUGUGCUUCGACUGUACAAAUUAGUUAUUUCAAGCAAAAUCCACAUGAUUUCCAGCAGAUGUUCCAACAAUCUUGUAUCUGAUUGGUUCUUGUAUUUGUCCUCCAUUGAGUACAUUCUUGUCAAACUCAACAGAAAGGAAAACAUCUUCAAAAACAAUAGUUUAACUCGCAUAAUAAGAUAUCUGAAUAAAACAGCUUUAUAUGGCUGAAACAAACAAUGUACACAUUAUCUAAACUUUUCCUCUCAGCCCAGUGGAUCAGGAUAGAAGAACUGUGGCAAGAAAAACAACAGAAUCACAGCAUUUGAUGCAUAAAACAUCCAUAUAAAAAUAUACGGUACAUAAAUGCAAAUACAUCUGUUAAUACCAGCCCUGCUGUCACUGAACCAGGCAGUUAAGCUGCAAACGAUUCAUUUGUAUGUCUUUGAUUUUUCACUGUUGCUACCACCUCCAGCAAACAAAACUUCAUAUGUGGACAGCAAAAAGAUGAUUUCCGGGCUGUCAAGACCCUGGCUUUGACACUCUUUCUUUCUGUCUUUCUUAAACUCUUUCUUGCCAUUUCAUUUCCUUUUCUAGUAAAAUAUCAA